AUGGGCAGAUCGGGGCUGGGAGGUGGCAGAGCGAAGCGCACCACGGGCUUGGUUGUCGCGAGCUUCUGCCGCUGGGGGCACCCUGGCGCGUGGAGCCUCGAUGCGAGCUCGAAGUACGGCAUGGCCUCAAUGCUCUCGCGGUCUCCAGCCGUAGGAGGAGGCAACGAGGAGGAUGUCGGCAUCGGCUCCGGCAAUGAGAGCAGGGGUGGGCGGCGGGCGCGACUCCAGCAGCGCAAGCCUAGUGUCGUGGAGGCGAGCGAGGGCCCCGGGACGAAGGAAGCUGAGGUGGUUGCCGCCGAAGAAGGCGAGUGGCGGGCGAGUGGGGUACUUCGAGGCAAACGAAGAACAUGCUGUGUUACCUCCAAGAGGUGGAACUCAUAUGAUUCUUUUUCAUGGACUGUAGACGAAAAUGCAUACCUGCAAAAUGCACAGAUCAUGGCAGAGAAGUUACUCCCACAUGGAUAUCAGUAUGCAGUUAUUGAUUUCCUCUGGUACCGGAAAUAUGUUGAAGGUUCAUACACAGAUUCAUAUGGAUUUGACAACAUUGAUGAAUGGGGUCGACCUUUUCCGGACCUUCAAAGAUUUCCAUCAUCUAGAGUCGAUAGAGGGUUCAGUCAAAUUGCCAGUAAGGUUCAUGGAAUGGGCUUGAAAUUUGGCAUCCAUUUGAUGAAAGGGAUAAGUGUGCAGGCUGUUGAUGCAAACACGCCUAUCUUGGACAUUAAGACGGGAAAACCGUAUCUAGAGGAUGGCCGUCAGUGGACAGCACGAGACAUAGGUCUCAGUCACAGAACUUGUGCAUGGAUGACGCAUGGAUUUAUGAGUGUUAAUACGGAUAUUGGAGCUGGACGGGCCUUCUUAAGAUCUCUUUAUCGACAGUAUGCUGAUUGGGGUGCUGAUUUUGUAAAGGUUGAUUGUAUCUUCGGCACAGAUUAUAGCCCAGAAGAAAUCAUCACUAUUUCAGAGCUAUUGCAAGAAAUUGAUCGUCCGAUCAUCCUGUCAAUCUCACCAGGAACUUCAGUUACUACAGCAUUAGCUGAGAAUAUUAGUGAUCAUGUUAACAUGUAUAGGAUAACUGGAGAUGAUUGGGACAACUGGAAGGAUGUGAGCUCACAUUUUGGUGUGUCAAGUUCCUUUGCUGCUGCUAGGAAGAUUGGUGCCACUGGGUUGCGAGGAAGAUCUUGGCCAGACUUAGACAUGCUUCCAUUUGGAUGGCUUACUGAUCCAAGUGUAAAUCAGGGCCCUCACAGGAAAUGUAACCUUACUCUUGAUGAACAGAAAGCACAGAUGGCACUUUGGUCAAUGGCUAAAUCACCUCUCAUGUAUGGAGGAGAUUUAAGGAAUCUUGACGAUAGUACAUUAAACAUAAUUACCAAUCCUGCUUUGUUGAAGAUAAACCACUAUAGUAGAAAUAACAUGGAGUUCCAUUAUGUGUACAGUAAAAGGACUUCAAAUGAAGAACAUUCUGGUCACUUUAGGUCUCAUCCUGUUCACCUUACCAAGAAUGAUGGCAUGUUUGUCAGUCUCACUGCUUGCAACAACGAUGCAGCUAACGGAUGGUAUAUGUUUCCACAAGAUGGGAAACCAGAUCAUAUAUGCAGGAACUAUGAAAUACUGAAUGAUAAAAAUGUCUCAUUUUGCCUGGGAAAAACAAAACGUCUUCUUGCACCGGAUGUCAUUAUCAUGGACAACAAGGAACACCAAUCAAAGUUUCAUAUUUCAGUUACAAACACUGAUGAUACUUGUUUGGAUGCAUCUGCUGGUCGAAGGCAGACUGCCUCAGAGAUCAGGUUUCCUAUGUUCUCUGCAUGCAGGUGGCAUGCAAAACAGAUGUGGGAGUUAAAUUCGAAUGGAAAUCUUGUGAGCAGCUAUUCAGGAUUAUGUGCCACAGUGGAAUCAAGGGACGAAGGAGGUACUAGUGGAGGUCGUGCAUGGGUUGCAACUGGAAGUAAAGGAGAAAUCUAUCUCGCGUUCUUCAACCUCGACUCCGUGAGCAGGAAGAUGACCGUACAAAUAUCAGAUCUUGGAAAGGUUCUCAAAAGAACUUUUUUGAAAGAACACCUAUGUAGGUGCACUGAAGUUUGGAGUGGAAAGAAUUUUGGCCCAGUGAAGGAAGAGAUUUCAGCAGUUGUCAAUUCGCAUGGCUCCAUGGUGUUUGAAAUCAUAUGUUGA